UGAGUGCGAGUGCACGUGUCCAUAGAGCAGUCGAACGAGUGCAGUCGCACUCAGUGGGAAAGGGAACCGCGCGUCCUCUUAUCUUGCGGAGAGAAAGAGGUCACACGCGUUGUGUGUUAUCAGGACGAGCUGGGCACUGUAGACAUUAGAAUGCGGUUUUCGAAUUGUACUUUGAUUGGGUUGCAUCAUGCACUCAGGAUAUGCUAGGAUACUUGUCGCGCAUCUCGGAUGAUCUUUUGCGAUGUUUAUUCAUCUUCGCGCGAUUUGUUUACUGGUCGAGGUGACUUCGGUUCGAUUUGAUUAGAUGUAAGGUCGUUCGGUACGCUUUUAUGUCGCUCGUUAUUCAAUCGGUGCCGAUUAUGCAUAAUUGUAAGGUAAUGUAAGUUAUUUCUCGUAUGCAUACAAAGUUGUAUAAGUAAUCUUGAGAUUUUAAAAUAAAUACAUUUAUCUUGGUCUAGGAUGCUUAGGACUAAAAGCCGAUGUGCUGUUUAUUUGCGCUCAAAGCUCGAUUAAUUGAGACGAGUACAAAGAAACUGAUUUUGACAUUUACAUGAUCGCACAAUCAGCAAUUUUUUCGUUAUCACCGCGUCGACGUUGCAAAACGUGAAUGAAUUUCAGCAAUCGAUCGCUUACACUCCGCACUCUCAAUUCUCUUUGUUUAAACAAUAGGCCGCACCGAUCCUAUUCAUGAUCAAAAGUCGCGCUCGCCUUUCCCAACUCGGCGCACGCAAUCACGGCGAAAUUGUAAAAACGCUGACAUAACUUCGGCAUUUCUCCUUCUGCAAAAGACCGAUAAUUAUCGUCCAAGAAUCAUCCACCUCUAGUAUAUACAAUACGCGCUUACUUGAGCAAUGAUCGUUCAAUUAUGUUUACCCAGAGGCGAUCGGUUCCCAGCUACCUAUACAGAUAAGCGAGUAAUACAUGUAUACAAGUUUUUCGAGUGACAAUACCAGCGCGGGUGGGAGUAAGUGCGUACGAGAAGGGGAAAAACUCGAGUCCUCCCCAAAGAUUAGAACGAAGCACGUCGCGCAUGCGGAUAGAGGAGAUGAGCCAUCAGUGGCUCGUCGUUCGGUAGUACGCGAGCGCCGUUCGCGCCAGAAUGAUCCGGUUGUGUAUAGCACGCACUUACUCUGCGACUUUCUGCGCAGCCUGACGCUCUUGUUUUUAUGUAUAUACGGAUCGCGUCGUCGAACUUAUGCGAGGACAGAGGAUUAUAGAGACAUUGUGUAUAUAGUUUCGUUUUCGAUCGUGUCUAUCGGAUAAUAUACUUUUCACGCGAUUCGCCGACACGCGUGAUUAUGGUGAACGAGGACGUGCCGAAGGUUCGUCUGCGACACGAAAAAAUGAACAGUGUCGAUGGUAGUCCCACGAAAGGUCUCGCACCGCUGGACGCCGAGAAAAUGGACAAGUUACAGGAUCGAAUGCAGGAGAUGCGCAAGACCGUCGUCGAGGACCUGGAUGCCAUGAUGUCCGAGGUCAGAGAGCUGAAGCUCGCCGCCUCGGGGAUGCAAAGCAGUGGAGCCAAUGGAACUGAGGACAACAGGACGACGAGGAGAAACGGUAAACUGCAGGACAAGGUGUUCGUUGCGAGAAACUCGUACCUCACGGAUCUCUUCGAGAUCAGUCACUUUAGGACAAUUUACAAUAUUUUUAUCGUCAUGCUGAUGAUACUCUUUUUGAACACGGCUGUUCACGACUUCAUAGAGACGGGAACGACUCACGUAGGCAUAGGGACAAUAAUACGAAGUUUCGGAAACUUUUCUACAACAAUUCUUAUUUGGAUUCUCAUGACGAUAUCGACGUUCGUCACGUAUUUGGGAUUCUCCAUGUGGGCUCACAAACGCGAAGAAUUUUCUCCGAAAUCAUUUAAACUGAAAGCAUGGGACUACUUAUUCUUGAUAGCGCACGCAGCUCAACAGCUAGCUUUCAUCACAAUACCAGCCAAAUUUUUAAUAGAUAUUCAACAUCCGCCUGCGUCCAGUUUAUUGAUUCUCAUGGAACAGGUCCGUAUGCUUAUGAAAACGUAUGCCUUCGUUCGGAGCACGGCCCCCCGAAUCUUAGUACAAAAGGCCAAAGACGAAGACAAUAAAAGGGUGGUCUGUCCAGGAUUUUCCAAGUUUUUAUACUUCUUGUUUGCCCCGACGUUGGUUUAUAGAGACGAAUAUCCAAGAACGAAAGAGAUCAAGUGGAAAGUAGUACUCACGAACUUCGUGGAAGUCCUUCUGGUGGUAUUCUACGUGGCUUUCAUGUUCGAACGUUUCAUCAUUCCUCCCUUCGAUAAAUUCGGCUCCAAAAUUUUGGAACCACAUGCCGUCGUCCUCACGAUAUUCAGCUUGAUGUUGCCUGGACUCAUAAUGUUCCUCUUCGGCUUUUAUACUGUGCUACAUACCUGGCAAAAUUGUAUGGCCGAACUGCUCAGGUUUUCCGACAGACUAUUUUAUAAGGAUUGGUGGAAUUGCACGUCCUACGACGCCUACUACAGGACCUGGAACAUCAUUGUACACGACUGGCUUUAUGCCUACAUCUACAAGGACGUGUACGAGACUCUCCACAACAAGGUCAUCGCAACGUUCACGGUCUUCCUGGUCUCGGCUGCCUUCCACGAGUACAUCCUCGCCUUCACUUUCCAGUUCUUUUAUCCGGUGAUGAUGCUCAUGUUUGGCGGCUUUGGUAUGCUGUUUGUUUUCAUUACGAAAAAUUAUUCAAAGAUGGACGGCAAUAUUUUCAUAUGGUUUGGUCUCUUUGCCGGAAACGGUAUACUCUUUUCUCUAUAUUCGAUGGAGUAUUAUGCUAGAGGUCACUGUCUACCUUACGAAGAUCCACUCUUUGAUCUUCUUUUGCCGAGAAGUUGGGCCUGUCGCCCUAGUGAGCUUAACGCUUCAGCUGCUGCUGUGAGUUGAUGAAAAAGCUCGUAUGCUCUCUAUUUGAAUAAUCGAAUGUUACAGCGUUGAGUUUUAAAAUAACAAAACCUUUUUGGCCGUUGGAUCGCGAAAACUUUGAGAUGUUUUAAUAACGUGUAGAUAAGAUAUACUUGUGAGGCGUUUAAGAAACUAAAUUAAGAACGUAUUUUAUAGGCAAAUCUACUUUGGCAUUAUUUUUUAUGUUGUUUUUCACCGUUGGUAUAAGUUUGUAUCGAUUUUAGAAUCGAAUUUGUACAUACUACCCUAAAUAUGUAACGAUUAGUUAACGUAUAGGUUUAGGUUUAUAAAAAUAAUGAACUAAUUAAUGUAAGUAACCUAUAACGUAUUUUUCUUUAUUUUUUUAACAUUUUCCAUACUUAACGAUGAAAAUAAUGUUUGUAAAUCACCAUACAUACAUACUUUAUACUGCCUCAAGAUGUCAAACAAUAAAUAAUUAUCAAAAUAUUGAUAAAAAAAAAAAGAAAAAAACCAUAAUUUGUUGGCAUAUCAUUUACACAAUUGUCCUCUUAAUUUUAUUUAACGAUAAAGAUCAAACAACAUGUCGUAAUAAUUAUAAUAAUAGUAAUUAUGUAUAUGUAUGAAUGAAUGCGUGUAUGUAUAUUAUGUACAUAUACAGAUAUAUUUUCUCUAUACAAAUUAAAUUACGAAUUUCCUUACACUUGUAAAAACGUAUAUUUGUACCUAUUUUAGGCAAAGCGAUUCGAUAUUUUUUAAAACGGUGAUUUGCUAAUAAAUUUAACUAAGGUAUAUGUAGUAACUUCAGCGAAAAAUAUACGUAGUAGAUUCAUUGAAAUUUUUUGGCAGUUUAAAAAAUGCCGAAUCGUUUUGGUUUUAGAAAGUCUCAGAAAAUGAAACAUUCAUCUCACGACCUUCUAAUUAUAAGGCUUUAAAAGUUCUGCGAUUUGCUCGGAAUCCAAUGGUAUAGCAAAUUCGCAACAAACAUUACAACGAUAGUAGAUAUUGUUUUUGUUAUUUCAUUUAGUGGCUAUACUGUCUUUGCUGUACUGAAAAAAAUAUUUCCUAUGAAUGCUGUUCCCGCUUUAGUAUAAUCUUUGUCUGUUCUUACGUAUACUAUGAAGCAGUUUUUCAUUUACUGCAUAUGGAUACAUUGAUUGUGUAUUUUAUAUAGUUUCGUACAGGUAAUUUUGUCAUCAACCUUUAGGAAUUGUUCACUAUUUUGGUAAAAUAAAUUACCAACUCGCUUUCUAAAUGUCGCUGUGGCGUCAUGGACAUUGGCAUUUCAUUUGUAGGCGUAGCGGUCGUAGUAGACACAUCGAACGCGUCUUCAGUGAUUGUCCAUUAAAUAGUUUUCAUAUCUGUCGCCAACCGUUUCUAUACAAUGAUUUUGUUCGUAAACUUGUAUAAUUUUAAUUAAAACUAUAGUUUAUCGGUGUAUUAACAAAAAUAGUUCAAAUC